CCUCGCCGCCGUCGUGCCGUCUGACGGCGCGUCCGCCGUUCGGCAAACGAUCACCGCGUUCCGAUACGGUGGAUGACUCCGCCAAGAACGAAUUUGUAAAAGAAGACGACGAAUAAGAAGAAGGAAAGAGGCAUAAGGAUACAGGCGCUACAGAGUGAAAGAGAGAGGGGACGAUUUUCAUGAACACGCUCGCGAAAUAUCCUUCUGUCGCGCGCGCGGAUUUCCCUCGCGGAUUUUUCCUUCAGGUUUCCAUCUCUCUUUCUCUCUCUCUCUCUCGCUCUCUCCAUCGCGUCCGGGGCCAUUUUGCCAAAAUGAAAAUAACACCGCGAGCCGCUUUUCGCGGAUACCCCGUGUCCGCGGUCCUGCUCGCUGUUCUCGUUUGGUGCCACUGCGUGUGCUCGAUCGCACACGCGAGAUCGCACCGCUUGAAGACGACAUCCAACGGCACCGAACUCGUCGUCGACUGCGAGCUGAUCAGGCCGUUCUUCAGCACCAAGAACAUCACGCUCGAGCCGACCGCCGCGGACUCUCCGAGGACGACAUGCGGCGGCAAGUGUUGCGGCGAAGAGAUGGAGAAGCGUCUGAAGCAACAAGCCCGUGUGGACUUCCACAAUCUGAUCCAUCAUCACAGUAGAAGUCUGCAAGGCCUCCUCGCCACCACCGCUGACGCUCUCAGAGAGACGGUGAUCGUGUUGCUGCGGAGGUCGGAGAACAAGACUCUGGUCAUGUUCGAUCAAGUGUACCGCUCGAUGGCGGUGCAAAGCAGAUCGUCGAUCCGGGCGCUCUACCAGGCGAUGAUGGACUACGUGUCGCCGGCCAACACCCCGGACAAUCUGCAGCAGCCGUUGACGCGAGAAACGCUGCAGGAGCGGAUCAACCAAUUCUUCACGCGGCUCUUUCCGAUCGCCUAUCAUUACGCCAUUAAUCCGCAUCAGGAUCGGCAGGACUUCACCGACAAGUUUAAAUCCUGCUUGUAUGAGAGGAUCGACGACAUACAACCGUUCGGUGACACGCCGCAGGAGAUAUUUAAGAAGAUCGGCAAGAGCCUGGAGGCUACCAGGAUUCUCGUGCAGGCGUUGACACUCGGUAAAACUGUCCUCGACAAGACUGACAACGUGUUAUUUGCCACUAGCACCGGUAAUGCCCUGCUUAGGAUGACUUAUUGUCCCAAAUGCAAGGGAAUCAAGGAAGCUGUAAAUCCCUGCAGCGGAUUCUGCACAAAUGUGGUGAGAGGCUGCCUGACGGAGCCAGCAUCCGAACUGGAUCUCGCGUGGUCCGGUUAUGUGGAGGCGGUCGAGAGGCUCGUCGCGGCGGUGAGCGGCAACACCGAUUACCACGGUUUGAACGUCAGGAUCGCCGUCAGGGAGUUGGACUCCCGCAUUUCGGAUGCCAUCAUGCACGCAAUGGAAGACGGUCCGCGGCUCGAGGAGAAGGUGAGAAAGGUGUGUGGUCGUUCGGAGUUGCUAUCGCCCGAUAGCGAGAAAAGCCCAGUGUCUUCGGAUGCAGCUGCGAAAUCGUCCACGUCGUCCACUGGCGAGGUGCAUACAGCUGCAUCGUCGUUACCGUCUCACGCACAAGACAGCGUGCUGAACAAGUUGCACAAGCAGUUGGUUAACUUCCUGGCGAGCGUCCUCAGGUCCCGCAUCUUCUACGGCACAUUAGCGGACGCGAUCUGCGAGGAAUAUCCCGACAAACACUGCUGGAACGGCGAACGUGUCGGAGAGUAUACGAAAACCGUAGUGGAUUCCAGUCUGAAUGCUCAAAGAUACAAUCCUGAAUUCACGAUAACGAUGUCGACGACGCCAGCCAGCUACUCCGGCAAUACGAACACCAGCGCGCUCAUUGACCAAUUGAGGCACAUUAAUCAGUUGGUGCAGUCCCAAUUGUCGUCCGACAUUGGACCAGAUGCCUUUCUGGCCGACGAGGCCUUGGACGGCUCCGGAAGCGGGGACAGCCCGGUUUGGAGACAGCACGGAAACGGCGAGAUCGAUGACGACGAGGACGGCCACGAUCGCGACGAUGACGACGAGGCCUCUGGCUCUGGAAUGGGUCCCACCACGAUAGACCCGUCGAUGAAGACUCAUCCGAAUGGACCGCUCCACAGUGGGUCGUCAACGAUCUUGUUAUCAUUCACGGCCCUCGCUAUCGUCUGUGCAUCGCUUAUCGCUUAAUCGGUUACAUCGCCGAGAUAUACAAGGGUAUGAUUUCGAUCGCAAUUCACGGCCAACGUAGACAAGGCAUAGAUAAGGAGAGUUAAACUAGUUUCUGUUCGCGACCGGAGGAUUGUUAGCAGGUCGGAUCCUAUCCACUUUUCACACGGGAUUCUUCCGGCGCGCGUGAAUGCCGAUGAGCAGCCCCGUAAGGAGAUUCACGGGUGAGCUUCCGCCUGCCGGAAUCGCGUACAAGCGAUGCUGUUGAUAAUUUAUCGAUGGCGUGUUGGGCAGCGAAGCGGACUGUUCCUGCCGCGAUCCCGCUGGAAGGACGCCGCGGUUCUCAGUGAUAUAUAUCGGGAUGCGAGAAGUGCGUAUAUGUGCAUAUGUGUGUGUGUGUAUGUGUGUAUGUGUGAGAGAGGAGGGGCGGUUUGUAAAAGUAUACGAUGGGGAGAAAGGGGAAGAGAGAAAAGAGCGUACGGCGAAG